AUGACUGGGGGCAGGCUGACUUUCCCUACGACAAAAACCCUUUUGUCGGCGGAAAUAAAUACGGAAGUCCCAGAGGAGCAGCCUCCCCAGUUCGUGUGUAGUAAGGUGUGCAGCCUCUGCUGCGUCUGGGCAGAAAGCUCCACGGGCUUCUCACAGCUGGCCCUGGGCGUUCCAUCCUCACACACACCCCGGAAGGAGGGCCCAGCAAGUGACCUGAAAGAGACCAAACGUGCUUGCUCCGCGGCGGAGAGGCUGCCGGGUCCUGUUGCUUCCUGUCCUGUAAGUUCAGAGCCGAUGGUGUGGAUAAAUUGAGGGAGCAGGGAAAAGUGACAGAAGUCAGAACGUGCACGGAGGGCAUUGCCCAGACAUGGAGGACGCUGGAGACACUCUGAAUGGCAGUGAUGAUGUCUCGGAACCAGAAAAACCUGAAGCCAGACCUGAAGUGGCUCAGUCGAUCCUGAGCAAGUUCUCUAUGAAAACUUUGUUUGGGUUUACAAGUAAGUUGGACUCUGUGAAGACCGACGAGGAAGCUGCAGUGCUGAAGGCAUUCCACCGUUUACCUCAGCUGGGUGAUCCCAGCAAGGGCUCGGAGCAGCAGCCGGAGGCACAGGCUCAGGUUCCACCUGACCUUGGAAAUGAUAGCAAGACUGCAGGGGUGGAGACUGAGUCAGAGGGAAGUCAGGGAAUAGAAGAGGCAGGGAUUUCUCUUCCUGGUCAAGAGCCACUUCCCCUCAGUGCUCAGAGUGUGAACAGAGACGAUGUCAUUUUGGUUCGUGGGACUCUUGUGAACACCACCAGCGAUUCCGACUCUGAUGAUGGUGGCCAGCAGCCAGAAGAGGGGAGCCACGCCAGCUGCCCACAGUCCCCCAGUGUUUUAUCUGAGCCAUCUCAGGAUCCUAAAGAAAAGCCACGAGAUUGUAGGGAAAAUAGCACCACUGGGGAAAGGGAUGAUGCAGAGCUCUGUGCAGAAGGGCCUCAAAGGACUCCACCUGAAAUAAGUAGCAAACCGCAACCUGACAAUGGUGGCCUCCGGACAGAGCGCGGCCCCACACAAGGACAAGCUGCCGAAGAAAGUUCCCCAGUCCUCCCCGUGGUAACAGACCAGAACGUGAGUGUCAGUGUCACCGAGGAUGCCUUGUCUAAAAAAGAAGUCACCGGAGAGAAGUCGUUCCAGCUUCCAGCCUUUUUCAGCGGGCUUCGUGUGCUGAAGAAGGGAGCCACAGGUGAGGGAGGGAAGACCAUCACUGAAAUUAAACCAAAGGAUGGCGACCUGGCUUUGCUCAAAUUGACACAGCCCGUUCAGAAGUCCUUAGCUCAGGCAGGGCCUCAGACUGUGAAGGCUGGGGAGAAGACAACGGACUCGAAGGCCACUCCCACUCUCCUGGAGCAGCUCUCUCAGCUGUUUGUCCUUGACAUGCCCAAAGCAGAGGUGAAGGCAGAAGAUCCUGAGCAGCUCAGGAAGGAGGAGAUGGGCUGCAGUGCUACCCAGGAGAGCCAGGGUGGCCCCAGCGGAGCCCAGACCCAGGGUGGAGAGGUCAAGCCAAAGCCUCCAGAGACAGCUCUUGAGGCCUUUAAAGCCAUAUUUGUCCGUCCCCCCAAAAGGGGGACCACAGCUGACACGUCUGAGCUGGAAGCCCUCAAGCGCAAGAUGAAGCAUGAGAGGGAGUCCCUAAGAGCUGUGUUUGAAAGAUCAAGGUCAAGGCCGGGUGAUGGCCCCUCUGAAUCCAAAAGCCCUGACCACAGCCCUACUGAGCAGGACGAUAGGACUCCGGGCAGACUCCAAGCUGUCUGGCCACCCCCAAAGACAAAAGACACAGAAGAAAAAGUGGGAUUGAAGUACACCGAAGCAGAAUACCAAGCUGCUAUUUUACACUUGAAGAGGGAACACAAAGAAGAAAUUGAAAACCUACAGGCUCAGUUUGAACUCCAGGCAUUUCACAUCCGGGGGGAGCACGCAGUGGUUACAGCAAGACUAGAAGAAACCAUUGAAACUCUCAAACGGGAGACAGAACACCGAUGGCGAGGAGGACGUGAAGAGAUGAAAGAUGCGUGUAUCUCCACGGGCGAUGACUGUCCUCCGAAGACCUACCGAAAUGUGUGCAUCCAGACAGACAGACAGACUUUCCUCAAACCCUGUGAAGGUGAAGGCAAGACAAUCAGAAGUAACCAGAUAAUACCCAAAAAGCUGACGAUCUCCUCUUUGAGUCAGCUCUCUCCCCCAAAUGACAACAAAGACACCCAUGGACCACCUCAGUCUGUGGAAGGCCUCUCACCAAGUCAGCAAAAGGCAUCGUCUGCGCCUCCUGCACCACCACCCCCAGCAGUCGCCCCUCCCCCUCCGCCUCCUCCUCUCCCACCUGGACUUGGACCUUUGUCACCAGUACCUCCGCCGCCACCACCUGUGAGUGCUGGACCACCACCUCCUCCGCCCCCUCCUCUGCCUCCCAGUGCCGGCCCUCCUCCCCCACCUCCUCCUCCACCACCACUGCCCAGUUCCCCUGCUCUGCCCACCAGUGGGGGGCCUCCACCUCCUCCUCCUCCAACACCUCCAGGACUUGCACCCCCACCUCCUCCUGGACUCUUCUUCGGAGUUGGCCCUUCUUCUGGCCAGUGUCCUCGGAAGCCAGCCAUUGAACCGAGUUGCCCCAUGAAGCCUUUGUACUGGACUAGAAUACAAAUAAGUGAUAAAAGCCAAAAUGCUACACCAACCUUAUGGGAUUCCUUAGAAGAACCUGAUAUUCGGGAUCCUAGUGAAUUUGAGUAUUUAUUCUCCAAAGACACAACUCAGCAGAAGAAAAAACCUCUGUCAGAGACCUAUGAGAAAAAGAACAAGGUCAAAAAGAUCAUCAAGUUAUUAGAUGGAAAACGAUCUCAAACUGUGGGAAUCUUGAUAUCGAGUUUGCACUUAGAAAUGAAGGAUAUCCAGCAGGCCAUUUUCAAUGUGGAUGACUCUGUGGUUGAUCUGGAGACCUUGGCAGCUUUAUAUGAAAAUCGAGCCCAAGAGGAUGAACUGGUUAAAAUAAGGAAGUACUAUGAGACAUCCAAAGAAGAAGAACUGAAGCUGCUGGACAAGCCUGAGCAAUUUUUACAUGAGUUAGCCCAGAUCCCAAAUUUUGCUGAACGGGCCCAGUGCAUAAUCUUCAGAUCUGUCUUUUCGGAGAGUAUCACCUCCUUGCACCGAAAGGUAGAGAUCGUCACAAGAGCUUCUAAGGGCUUGCUGCACAUGAAGAGUGUGAAGGAUAUUUUAGCUCUCAUUCUGGCUUUUGGAAAUUAUAUGAAUGGAGGAAAUAGGACUCGGGGACAAGCAGAUGGAUAUAGCUUAGAAAUUCUACCCAAACUCAAGGACGUCAAAAGUCGGGAUAAUGGGAUUAAUCUGGUGGACUAUGUCGUGAAAUAUUACCUGCGUUACUAUGAUCAGGAAGCAGGAACCGAAAAGAGUAUUUUCCCUCUGCCUGAACCACAAGAUUUCUUUCUGGCUUCCCAAGUCAAGUUUGAAGACCUCAUAAAAGAUUUGAGAAAACUGAAGAGACAACUAGAAGCCAGUGAGAAACAGAUGAUCGUGGUAUGCAAGGAGUCACCAAAGGAGUACCUCCAGCCCUUCAAGGAAAAGCUAGAAGAGUUCUUCCAGAAAGCCAAAAAAGAGCAUAAGAUGGAAGAAAGUCACUUGGAGAACGCACAGAAAAGUUUUGAAACGACGGUAGGAUAUUUUGGGAUGAAGCCAAAGUCCGGUGAGAAGGAGAUCACACCCAACUAUGUGUUUAUGGUGUGGUACGAGUUCUGCAGUGACUUCAAGACCAUUUGGAAGCGGGAGAGUAAAGCUAUAUCUAAAGAAAGAUUGAAAAUGGCUCAGGAAUCAGUCAGCAAGCUGACAUCAGAGAAGAAAGUGGAGACAAAGAAAAUCAAUCCCACGGCUAGUCUGAAAGAAAGACUGCGUCAGAAGGAAGCCAGUGUGACCACUAACUAAUACAGAGCCACAUGAGAAUGACGGCAGCAAGCAAGCAUUUUCUUGUGUCGUCCUUUGCAACACUAGUGCGGCAGAAAGUUCUUGAAGCAAGAUAUAUCACCAAACGUUUGUUUUGCUCAUCUCUUUCUGAGGUCAUUGCAGUGAGCACCCCGUGCCUUCUUAAGGGAGUCCUUUGUUAAGCUACAGGAACAAUGAAAAACUGUUUAAGGGAACACUACAGGUGUAUUUGAUCAAUAUUUCUUGUAGAGGUCCAAAAUGAUGCCAUUACAAGACCAGAAAAAAAUACCAAUAUUUUCCAAAUGUUUUUAAAAGUGGAGAUUUCAAGCUUUCUAAUCCAAGUAUAUAAACUUGUGAAAGGAGAAAGAUCUUUUAUGACAAUUGCCUUGAGAGGAUUCAAGCCUUGAUCUUUCCACACUGCUGGUGUGACUAUCGAUCUUAACUUUGAUCCUGUUGCGGCAAGAUCCUACAACUUCUUUCUCACCAAAAAUGUUGAAACCUACCAAAACUAUUUUUUAAGACAUCCAAGACUGUGUAUUUUCCAGAUGAGAGAAAUGGUUAUUUUGUUGUUGUUGUUAUUGUUGUUGCUCAUAUAAUGAAAAAGACGGAAAAUGGAAUUAUACAUGGGUAGAAAGGGAGUUAAAUAGCCAUAAACUUCAUCCUAGAGAAGAAAUUACUGUACAGGGAGUUAACAUCAGCUAUUAAGCAAGACCCAUUCUUUUGUUUUUAUGUGUUUUGUGUUUUUAUUGUGGUUUCCUUGCCACAGAAAUUCUGUACCCUUAUUCGUGGAAUAAAUAGUGAUACCCAAGCCAGCACAGGCCAGGAGGUCAAAGUACCUGCUUGGGCAAGUGAUCUAGCCACAGCUCAUUUUGCACUUCAGGAUGUUUGUGAAUAGUUAAGUCUAUGUUGACUUUUAUCAAAGCUCUGCAUCUUGUUCUGGGAUUGUGUGAUCUGUACCAUUCCCACCAACCUCAGGAGGCAGUUUCCAGACAGAAGAGCAAAUGCUACUAGCAGCUUUUCAUCAUGACCUUGACUGACAGGGAUGUGACCUAGGGUGAAGCAGGAGUCUUUGAUGUUGAAAAAAUUAAGAGCAUAAAAAAGGUUCUUUACAUCAAAAUGAAAAUGUGAUUAUAUUAAUAUUAAGCUUUGAGUGGAAUAUCAAAGACAGGCAGCUUUUUCUGACUCUGAAGCCCGUAUGACUGCUACCCCUCGAAUCACGAGGGAAACCACCUUGGACUUCCCCCUUGACAUUUUUUUCCUAAAGCCAACUCUCUUUGAAUCUAUCUUGUAGAAUGAGAAGAGAGAGGACUGGGGGUGAAUUGAGAAUAGGAUCAAAGACUAUACAUUUUUGGUCUUGAAGGGAAAGAGGUCCAAGCCUUCUCCAUUGGUGGAUAGCAGUCUAGAGGUGGGUGAGAACCUUAAAACCCUUCCUGAUGGGGCUGCCAUGUGCAGCCUUGUCCCUGAUCCCAGCCUCUUCCCAGAACCUCUCAAUUUGCCAGGUACCUGAGUGUCCCCCGCCCCAGGACUGCCUGCUAAUCAUCAGCCCUCUCAGGGACUCCCUAACAGAGUCAGCUCAUUAAAGCUGCACUGUACUUGUAAUGUAGUCAAGAUGAAAUCAAAUCACAGAAGCCAUAUUUGUGCUGGUGCUAACUGCCUUCCCUAAUAAUUAAAAAGAAAGGAGUAUGGUAGCAUGGUUGGGUCUUCCUCCACCCCAAUUCAAACUAAGAGAUAAGACAAGCAAAACAAAAAGCUAGUAAGGAGCUGACAUUACUAAAAGAAGUUGCCUGUGAGCAAGAAGCUUUUCAUACCACUUUCCUAUAUUGUUUCUCUUCCUUUUCACUCAACUAUGAAGAAAACCUAAGAAACUCAUCAGUUUAAAACAAAUUCCACUUACACUCAUCCUGUGCUCUGGGACAUUCCUUCUAGUAUUAUCGUGAAGCAGAAAAGUGUCUUGUCCAUGCCUGAGGGAUCCACUUUGAGUUCAGUGAGGUCAGUGAAUAUCUAGAUCCUCAUUGGUCCCCACAGACUUGAUGGGCGAGAGCAGCAUGUGCUUUCAGUGGAGUCAUUGGUACACUUCAGAUCUCUAAGGAGGAUGGUCACAAGAAAACCAGUGAUAGUAAACAGGCCUGUCACUAUGACCACAUAACUCUGCAGGAACAUGCUCUCAGGGAACCAGUGCUGAAGAAGAAUGAGUGGAAAUUUAAUGUGAGAGUUAGACAAAUGCAGCCCAAGUUGCAUUCCAUUCACAUGGACAGACUAGAAAUUGGCAGUAAAAUGCCUAUUUCUAAAGACUAUGCUUCACCUGCUCUGUUGGGGAAACUUGAUGAUGUUUUCAGACUAUUCAAGUAUAGUAAGUUAUUGUAUUAAGACACUAGGGCAGGAUCUCCAUUAUUCUCACCCCUUUUGAGUCCCGCACUGUGUAUCUAGAUGCCCUCUCCCAAGUUCAUAUAUUUAACUGCAGUGUUGGUACAGCCUUUGUUCCUAACAUAUGUCGCUGCUCAGUAAAAGUUCACAAGAGCUUGUUCAAGGUGGGCCAUCUCAAACAACCUGGGGCCCCUUGAAAUUAUCCCUCUGAAAUGCAGUUGAGAUGAUGGUAAAUGCAACAGAGGUCUCUAAACUUUUCAUGGAGAGGAAGUAGUUAGUGUACCACUUUAUCAGAUUGAGCAUUUUGGGCAAGCAGGAUAUGAGUGGCUUUUCUAAGAACAGCCUUCCCCAAACUAGAGGGAGAGCGGCCAGUAUGGCUCCUCUGUGUUUAACCAGACACUCACACCCAACUGUACUAGUUAGACUCUGACAAACCUUGACUUAGAAGCACCAUAUCUCUUCCUAGCCAAGAGUCAUUACAUCUGAGGACAUAGUUGGUUGGACUGCAGUUUGGACUCUUGCCUGAGUAACUUGCAGUCAUCAACAGGCACACAAGUAUAUCAUACAUUACACUAAAACAUGAUAUAAACAUGUCAGGUAAAAAGCAUCAGCCCUCUGAGAUGUCAAAGAUAAGGUUAGAAGGAAGUGUGAUAUAUGGCUUUUAACACAAAAGGCAGCUUAAUGGUGGCGUGGGCAGAGGGCACAGAAAGGGAAAAGUGUGGCCAAGCAGAAAGAGAUGAUCAUGGUGAGGAUGGACCUGCUGCCUUUUGAAUCCUUGAGUUGACAUAUCUCUUCAAGUGUCCACUGAAAGUACCUAGGAGUAAUGGAAAAACAAUUUCUGAAAUCUGGGAAGUAGAAUAAGGAAACCCAGCCAUGUGAAUACAUCUUUAAAUGUUCUAGCCAAAACAAAUUGGUGGUGUGGUUGAGGAAUUAAUUGCCAGAUUGGGUGCUAGUCUUGGACUCCCUCUUACUCCCCAGGAAGCUACUGAGCCCUCCUUAGGCAUCUCUUUUUUUUCCUAAGAACCACAAGGAAAGGCAUUUCCUAAAUGAACAGCUUAUAUGCUGCUGGUGGAGAAAUUGGAAAAACUGAAGGAAGGAAUGAAACUCUGGGGGUGGUACUGGAAACCACCUUGCUACGGUUCUUCCAAGGACCGGGAUUAGAUGUAGCAGAAGAGUCGUGUUAUUUUUGGUAAAGAUUUGCCUGUUGGCCUGGGAUUUUACAUCUCUCUAUAGUUUAUACUGCGAUCAAUGGGAGCAUUUUCAUUUUAAUUAUAUUCUUGCUUUCUUGAAUGCUACAUUUUCUCAUUUCUCUUUCUUCUUCUACCUGAUGUCAUGGACACAGAUCAUUGCACACAACAUUGCAUGAGCAGUAUAGCCUAAGACAGUGCCUAGUCCAACUAUCAAGGGUCUUAGAAAUGCAGACCUGCAGGCUCCUUCCCAGUAACCAGACUAUAACCUUAAACAGGGAAAUCUUUUGAUUCCCUGACAUCUGAAAUCAGCUUAUUUUAUAGUACUCUCCCUUCCCCAAAUACAGAUUAAACCAACUUGGGGCUUUCUGUGUCAGGGAGGAGGAUGAAGUCCAAAAUAUACAGCUUUUUUUCCAAAAAAUAUCUGGUCUAAAAGUCAACUAUAUCAUUUUAUGAAGUAGUUUAGAUUUGUGCAUAAUUUUCUUUGAUUCUGCCUGUCCUAGUCAGGAAAAAAAAAAAAAAGGAUGAAAAGCUGAAAGGAAAGAAAAAGCAUCAAAUUUGGUAAUUCACACGUUAGUUUUUAAGUUUCUAAACCACACAAAACAUGGACAUACUGUGAAAUCCAACACUGUGGAAAUCCUGAGCACAGAAAAAUUAGAGCAUCUGUGCAAGCUGAUGAGCAUGGACAAAGUAAGAGGUGUCUGUGGCCUCCUUGAGACUUUAUCCUCAACCAGGCAAUUUUGAGAGUGUGGAUUCAAAAGAGCCCAGGAUUGCCCUGAAGAGUGCACUUUUUUAAAAGCCACAUACAAGGAAAAGUGGUAGGAUAGAGUGGAAGAAGGGGCCAGACCAUUACACCAUGCUUACUCUGCGUUCUCUUAAGAGCAGUUGAUAAAUGUGUGGAACAUCUGGAAGGCCAUCAAAACCACAUUUCAUAUAUCAGCUAUUGUACCUUUAGGAUCAAUUCAGAUGAAGAAAGUGGACUGAAUGAAGAAAUGAACUUUCAUUCAUGUCAGCUAGCUUGUCAUCAUGAAGAAAUUGGCAACACAAGAGAAACAAGGCUAUCCGGCCAAACUAAUAGUAUUUAAUAUUUGAAAAGUAUGAAUCGUUUUUAGCCUUGCCAAAAUGCAAGUAACUUGUUGGAUAGGUUUCCAUCUUCUAGCUAUAGAGAAAAAUCCAGCUGCUUGGAACCUUCGCUAUUAUUGGUGCAAAAGUCACUUAAAGAAAAGCACCUUCUGAAACUGGCCUCAGCAUGGCUGACUGCUUGCAGACACACAUCACAGUAUUUAUAACCCCAUUAGCAAUUGAAUCCAGGCAUCGCUAAGCUCUUACUCACAGCUGUAUGUGACCGAGAGGCCCAUUUUGUGUCAUUUCUACACAACCGUUAGUUGUUGUCACCUUGUUAGAGCACUGAAUGCUAGUUUCACAAUUCUCUCUUUCCCCUUCCAAGGAGUAGGCAAUCUACCAAACCCUCCCAAAUCAACUCUUUGCUGGGAAGGAGUGAGUUCAAGAGCAUUUUAACAUGCAGGGUUGAAGCCAAUUCAGUAGCCCUAGCUGUGCCGAGGCUCUUAAUCAACGCUGUGAUAUAAACCUAGCAUUCGGGAAAUUUGUGUAGUUGACAACUUAAUUGGAAACGUGAACAUAUUAAAAUGGCAAUUAUCUAACUCUGUCUCUUCAAGCUGUGGUGCAGCUUCUAUCAACAAGGAUGUUAUGGAAGCAAAUCAAGCCUCAUUCAGGAGGCCAGCUGUUCUCAAGGAGAGCUUACUAGGUUUGCUUCCCCUCUACUCCAGCCGCUGUCUCAAGCAGCCUGGUGACAACUGGUAACAC